UCCAGCUGUGUUUAAUGGAUCAGUUCUUUAGGGAGCUACUGUGUCUCAGAUCAAGAAGCAGUACAUAUGACCCAUCAUCCUGAUAAAGGAGGCGACCCUGAGGUAUUCACUGAAAUAGCUAAAGCAUACGAAGCUUUGACUCAAGAGGAGGCUAGGGAGAAUUGGGAGAAGUAUGGUAAGCCUGAUGGACCAAGAGCUGCUUCAUUUGGUAUAGCACUGCCCUCUUGGAUUGUUGAUAAGAAUAACUCGUUCUGGGUUCUAGGUGCAUAUGGGUUGGUAUUCAUUGUCGGACUCCUUAUCAGUUAUCAUUAGUGUUAUCAUGGUUACAGUUAUGCCCCUCCCUCAGGGUAAUUG